CCGGGACCCUCUGACGCCUUGACGCAGCUGACACUGGUGGUGAGCCGCCCGGAGAGUGUGCGGGUGGUGUGGACGGGCUGCCACUGCCACUCGCUGCCAGCAGUCAGCGGCGCUCUCCCAUUCCAUCAACUGUUGCUCUGCGUGUUGCCCGUUCCAGGUUCUAUGCUGCGUGCUGUUGCUGCCUUUCCAUCCACCCACCUACACUACUAGAGUUCUACAAUCCUCCACAUCAUCAAUCAACCAACAGACCGACCUACACCUAAUCUCCUUCAACGAACCUAACCAUCCCUCUUUCGCUCCACACCGUCUACCAUACGAUACCCGCCUUAAUUCUUCGCUGUCCAACUCAACCCAACACCACCUCAUCGCAUAGCGCGUCCCUCGUUGCCCAUCAUGAACCCCGAAUACGACUACCUCUUCAAGCUCCUCCUCAUCGGUGACUCCGGUGUCGGAAAGUCUUGCUUGCUCCUUCGUUUUGCCGACGAUACCUACACCGAGUCCUAUAUCUCCACCAUCGGUGUCGACUUUAAAAUCCGCACUAUCGAGCUUGAUGGCAAGACCGUGAAGCUCCAGAUCUGGGAUACCGCUGGCCAAGAACGUUUCCGUACCAUCACCUCUUCCUACUACCGUGGCGCCCACGGCAUCUGCGUUGUCUACGAUGUCACGGAUAUGGACUCCUUCAACAACGUGAAGCAAUGGCUUCAGGAGAUUGACCGUUACGCCACCGAGGGCGUCAACAAGCUCCUCGUCGGCAACAAGAGCGAUAUGACCGACAAGAAGGUUGUCGAGUACACAGUCGCCAAGGAGUUCGCCGACAGCCUGGGCAUUCCCUUCCUCGAGACCUCCGCCAAGAACGCUAGCAACGUCGAGCAGGCUUUCCUUACCAUGGCCCGCCAGAUCAAGGAGCGCAUGGGCAGCUCCAUCGCCACCAACAACACGAAAGCCAGCGUCAACGUCUCCCCCGGCCACGGCGUCUCCAACAACUCUUCCGGCGGCUGCUGCUAAAGCGUCUGUGCCUUGCGGCAUUGGUUGCGCUCUUGGCGUUACGGUUUCGCAUCGGACGGUGUUUGACGACAUGAUGAUGCGAUUGAAUGUUACGGCGUGGGCAUUGGGUUGAGCUGUAAUGCAAAUACUGCUCCAAUGGGAUCUCAGUUAGGAAUGUUUCGGCUCUGCUUCUGUGGUUUUGCGAGGAACAUGGGAGGAGACUUGAGGCGGCUUUACAUGCUACCUUGGGGAUUCAUCACACGGUUCCGCGGGCCCUUCCUCGCUUGCCGGGACAGGUUAGGGUGGGGCUUAAGAGGAUGAUGAUCGAACGC